AUGAAUUAUUUCAACUUGGAAAACAUUGAAAAUCAAUCUUCUAGAAGAAAUAAGAAGAUUACUCGCGUUGCUCUUCUUUCUUUACUUAUCGUUGGUAUGUUUGGAGCUAUUCUUUACUUUAGCGAACCUAACAAAACUGUAGUUGUCCCCAACAUGCUCUACAUGGAUUCUCAAAACAACGAUUUAGUAAUUACUACUUCUAGAAACAUGACUGUCUGCAGCAGCCAAGGAGGUGAUGGAAUUCCUGAUACUCAUUAAUAAUGUACUGCCUAUAACUCCAUCUAAGAUAUAGUCGCACAAAAAGUUGAAGGAACCAACAUGAUUAAUGUCUUCAUUGCUUACAAGGAUAUUAGCUAUAACACUGAAUUUAACUCAACCGGUAACUAUAUUCCAGACCAAUCUGAAUUCAAGCCUUUCCUUGAAGAUGAAGUAGAUCUUGUUUUCAAAGCUACUCUUACUAACGAUGGUACUCUUUUGGGAUUAUAUGCUCCUAAAAACUUCACUUACUCUGAACUUGUUGUCAGAUUAACUGAAAGACUUAUUGAAUAGUACUUCCCCUAAUUGAAUGCUACUCUUUAUCCUCAAGGACCUUCAAUGCUUUUGGGUGCUUCCGAAUAGUACGUUGAAAAUAACUACCUCGGUCUCGUUGCUCCUACAUUCUCAUACUAACUUGUUGAAGAUGAUCACGUCAUUCUUUCAAAGCAAUACACUGAUAAGAAUUUUGUUCACUUCUAAUACUCCCUCGGUGGCGAUAUCCCCUCUAUUAAUUUCUAAUCUGACUUCACCAUUAAGAACGGUUAAGUUGAAGUAAACAAGGAAGUCAUGACUUUCAGAGUUAACAAAUAAGAAAAGAUUAAAUUAAGAGAAUCAGACAGCAUCCCCAUUAACAAUUCUACUGAAUAUAUUGAAUUAAUCGGUUAAUCUAAUUCCAAGAUUGAAAGUCACUUAGAAAUCCUAAGCACUACUCACAACCCUGAAUUAGUUUCUGAUCUCAUCAUCUACGAAUUCAACAGAGGAUUUGUUCAAAUUGACUUGAGUUAAAACAGUGGUAAGAUUGACGUCCUUAAGGGUGGUGAAUAAGGUAGCUCCCUCUUAGCUGAUGCUGAACCCAUCAUCCAAAAGAGCUACGAUGUUUUCAGACACGCUAUUGUUGGUAAUGAAAUAUCCUUAAGUAUUGAUUACAAGAACUUCAUUGACUACUCUGAAAUUUCUUCCAGUAUCUGGUUGAAUGGUCUUCAUAUCUACACUAUAUAUUCUACUAACAUCGACCAUCCUUGGUAUGCUUGUGCUGAUUUCAACAGAGGUGACAACAGAAACGAACACCUUAAAGUAUUCGAAGUUAUUUAUCCUCUUCUUGGUGGUGUCCUUAACAUUCCUAUCAGUGCUUACGUUCAAGUUGACUUUGGCUGGAACUUUACUGUUGGUGCAAGUGGUGUUAACUGUAACAUCGAAUUCAAGCCUUAUGUUAAUCCUUCAUUUGAAGUCACUGGUGCUGUUAGUGUCUGGAAGGUUGCAGAAGGUGGUGUUUUUGCUAGAGGAAACGUAGCCAAUACUUAUGUUGACUUCCUUCUUUAACUUGACAGAAAGGCUUUACAACUUCUUUUCACAGUUGAUGCUAAAUUGAUCCCCUUUGAAUAUCACAUUGGUGCUUUCUAUUAAUACAUCAAUUGCAGUAUCAGAAAAAUUAUUCAAAACAUUUUCAAAUUCAAGUGGGGUGAAGUUUGUUCUAUGAGUGAUAGACACGAAGUCCCUCUUCUUAACGGUCAACUUUUAGAAACUCUUUCAUACAAUCUUCACAGAGAAACCAAGCCAUUACUCCCUCCCUCUGCUUGA